AUGGCGGUGAGCAUGGAAGCCCAAUUCGAAAAUGAAUGCAAAGCAACUUGGAUUUCAGUAUUGAAUAGCUUACAGUCAAAGCUUACACGAAGACAAGAUUUUUUAGCAAUGCUGCAGCAGGCGGGAAGAAAUCCGUCGAGAAAGACGGUGGAGAAGUAUUGGACGGAACGCAGACAGUCCAUGGAAUUUCAAGAGUUUUGUGAUAUUUUACGUUUCGAGAAGCCACAGACUACUGAAGAUCUGACGAGUGCUUUCAGAAAAAUUGAUAUCAAUAAUGAUGGUUAUAUUACACACAACGAACUGAAGCGAGUACUAACAAAGCAUGGUGAAAAGAUGAGCGACGAAGAAGUAUCUCGUAUAUUUAGUGAAGCGGAUGUUAAUCACGAUGGCAAGCUUGACUACCAAGAGUUUUGUCAAAUGGUGAUGACGACAAGCAAACGCUGCCAAUCCAACUCGUUGAAAAAACUCGCUAAACAAGAGAAACACAAAUCGCAGAAAGAAGAAGCAAAGUCUGAAACAGACAGAAAAACUGAAGCAACGUCUUCAAGAGAAAAGAAAGAAGCAAAGAAGCAAAAUAAACAAACGAAACGUGAAGAGCAGAAAGGAUUUGAUGAAGAAUAUUUACAACAGAGUGAUGAUGAAAACGCAUCCGCGUCAUUGGCCAAGAAUGGAAAAUCAAAGACAUCAGACGUCUCGAACAGUAAAGCAACCCCGACAUCCUCACCUCAACGAUUAACUAAGAGCUCACACUCAACGAGUCAUAAACCAGAAAAAGUCAAUCAGACGCCAGAAGGGAAGCCUUUUAUGUUUACAAAGAACGAGAAUGCUCGUAGUCCGCCGGCUCUUAGUCCUCCUGCCGUGUCAGUGGAGGAGUUUGUAGUUUCUGAAGGAAACGAUACGGAUGAAGAUGACUUGGUCGUAUUCGGUCCGAGUGCGAAUAUGCACUUGUCGUCAAGGAGUGAGACUGUGAUUGCGGCUGGUGGUUCGACAUCUGCUGCAGCGGGAGUUGACAAACUAAAGUCGAAGUCGUCGGUUUUGUUGACAAAGAAGGAGAAGGAGCUUGUUGUAGAUUUGUCCGCUCCGGGAAGUCGUUCGACUCGAGUUUCGAAGGGAAAGAAGGUUAGAGUGAAAGAGCCAAAGAAUUUGAAGAGUUGGCACAAGGCUCAUGGUAAAGGAUGCUUCUACUUUUCCAAUUCAAACAUUGUAACUCAUCGAUAUCAACUAGAACUGCCAUCAGCUUCUAAUACAUACAUCACAGUCAAUCCUCCAACCAUUGACGUGCCAGGAAAACCUCCAGUGGACAUAACACUUUUGUUAAUUGAGAAGGCAGGGGACGACGUGGGGGCCAAAGUCGAGUUGUUUGAUUUCACAGAAACGUACAAGUCAAAGAAGUCUUCGUUGAGAACCGAGCUUCGUGCAGGGACGUACUGCAUCUUACCGUUCACAACAGGUUGUCGGUUCAAGAAACGUGCUAGCGAAUCGACUGAAGAGAAGAAGCUGUUGGAUGAGGCGGGAGACUUUACAUUGGAUGCCAGACACGCAUUAGACGAGAUGUUCAAUCGUGCCGAUCUUGAUCAAGAUGGCAAAUUGAGUCGUAAAGAAUUCAAUUAUUUCCAGAAUCAGACAAGUGGAGAAGAGUGUGACGAUGAGACAUGGGAGAUCAUAAAAGAGAACUUUGAGGUAACUCAACAGGACAAACUGAUGAGGAAGGGAUUCCAUGACUUACAUAAAGAGACAGUCAAAGACGAGGAUGGUGGAAUCAGUGAGCUGUGGGGCACACUGCAGGCGAUGGGAUAUAACAAGGCUCUACAGUUGGAUGAGGCGUGGCCAUUUGAGUUUGAUGUGCAUUGCGAAGUAUGUCAACCUGAGUUAUCUGUGAGUGGUUAUGAAACAGAAGAUAGACAACUUGAGGAGGCAGUUGUCGCUUCUGUGACGUAUCAUAGCGACCGGAUUCCUGUGAAAGGACACAAUGGGCUGAUUGUUCACGAGUUUCGUGGAGACAGUCGAGUCACUGUGGCAGUGGAGAAUGUGGGUUCAGAAGUUACUUCUGUGACCUUUGACUGUACGGGCAGUGGCAACUGUGUGUCACAUCGAGGGUCUCUAAAACAUACACUAACAGUGUUGCCACGAGAAACACAAAUUGUUCACCAUCUCAUGGCCGAUAACUGGAAGAAGUCGUGUAAACCGAAGUGGACUGUUGUCGUUUGACACAAUACAACUUUAUAUGUAUUGUAAUAAUUAAUUAGUGGAUUUUAAGUAUUAAUUAAUUAGAGCGUAAUUUUUGCUGUUCUGUGUGUAAUUGAUAUGAUUAUUUUAACAUCAAAA